AUAAUAAUAAGUAGUAUUUGGUGAUUAAAUAAUACACACCAUUUCCAUAUAUCUUCUCCCCCACAACGUGUUCUCCCCCAAAACCUAGUGAGAGGCUUUGUUCUCUCUCACACAAAAGCUUCGAUUCUUCAUCUCAGAUACAGAUAUCCACUAUCCAGUUGAGUUUGUUUUACUGGACUUGUGAUGGAGCAGUACGAGAAGGUUGAGAAGAUUGGUGAAGGAACAUAUGGUGUGGUCUACAAGGCUCGUGACAAAGUGACCAAUGAAACAAUUGCUUUGAAAAAGAUCCGUUUGGAGCAAGAAGAUGAGGGUGUCCCGAGCACGGCUAUCAGAGAGAUUUCACUGUUGAAGGAGAUGCAACAUGGAAACAUUGUCAGGUUACAGGAUGUUGUGCACAGUGACAAACGAUUGUAUCUAGUUUUUGAGUAUCUGGACCUUGAUUUGAAGAAGCACAUGGACUCGUGUCCAGAGUUUUCAAAGGAUCCACGCCUUGUAAAAACGUUUCUUUAUCAAAUCCUACGUGGCAUUGCUUAUUGUCAUUCCCAUAGAGUUCUCCACAGAGAUCUAAAACCUCAAAACUUGUUAAUUGAUCGCCGUACCAAUGCACUAAAACUUGCCGAUUUUGGAUUGGCCAGGGCCUUUGGUAUCCCUGUCAGGACAUUCACACAUGAGGUGGUGACACUGUGGUAUAGAGCCCCCGAAAUUCUUCUUGGGUCCCGUCACUAUUCUACUCCUGUUGAUGUGUGGUCCGUUGGUUGUAUAUUUGCUGAGAUGGUGAACCAGCGACCACUCUUUCCUGGAGACUCAGAGAUUGAUGAACUUUUCAAGAUUUUCAGGAUCAUGGGAACUCCAAAUGAAGAGACAUGGCCUGGCGUCACUUCUCUGCCUGACUUUAAGUCCGCCUUUCCAAAGUGGUCAUCAAAGGAUCUGGCAACCGUGGUCCCGAAUCUUGAAAAAACCGGUCUCGAUCUCUUACGUAAAAUGCUGUGCUUGGAUCCCAGUAAAAGAAUUACAGCCCGGACCGCACUGGAGCAUGAAUACUUCAAAGAUAUCGGAUUCGUGCCAUAAUCCACCAAGGUUGUCUUCAUGAGCCCUUUUUUAAGGUUUGAUUAUGUGAUAUAUGUGUGGCGUUUUUAGGAACCUUAAAAUUAAGGUGCUUUGUUGCUAAGCCAUUAUCGAAUUGGCUUGUGCUUGUGCGUGUUCGUCUGAAUCCUUAAAAAGUUUUAAAUCCCUUGUAACAGUUUUCUUGAUGAAGGACAUAUCAUCAUGCUUUUUAUUUCCUUUCAAUGGAUUUGUUUGGUGUGCAAUUUGCGCGUGGUA